GUCAGAGACGCAGAUGAGAAAUCCGCUUUGAAAAUAUGAUUUAUUUGAAAAGUUACUGUCUUUUAGCCAUGGCUACGGAACUGCUGUUUGGGAGUCCGGUAUUUGGUUGGCACGACCUGGACAAUAGCGAGUACGACUGUUGGCCCCUGGACAAGCCUGACGAGCUGAACAUGAUCGACUGCGGAGGGCUCGAGAUGGCGUGGGUGGACAGACCACCAGACACAGUGAAGGUUGGGGAGGUGUUUAACGUGUCCUACUCUGUCACCACCCAGGACAGCUUCUACCAGUGGGCCCUGGACAACAGCAUCUUCACACACAGCUCCAUUGUGGAUGUAGCUGCAGCUAAGAGCUUCUGUGAGGAUCAUGAAUGUCCUGCCAACUGGAGAGAUGCUAACGAAGACAACUGCUGCAUCCACCACGCCAACAUCCACUCCUGCCCCCUGGGAUACAUGUCUACAGAGAGAAUAUGUGGUCCCUGGAUUCCAGAUGACGGUCAGAUCUUCACACACACCAUCUCCACUUCUGGCAAGAUGACCCAGACCAACUGGACUGCCAAGGUGGUGCUGACCCAUGUGGGGCUGACCUCCCUGAUUGCUCACAUCAGAGUGGGACUCAUGCAGGUGGCCCUGGAGGCCAAGAGCACCGUGCUGCCCGCAACACACUGUGGGAACAGUGUGUGUGAGGAGGAUGAGCAGUGCUCCACCUGUCCUGCUGACUGUGGAGAGUGUCCCAUGAGCACCUCCAUCAAGCUGGCCAUCAGCCUGCCUGCUGCCCUGGUCAGCAUCAGCUUCUUCUGCACUGCCAUGUGGUUCAGGUACCAGAAGCAGAGGAUGUUCUGGGACGAGAGCUGGAUCAUAGAAUAUGGACAGAUCAAACAAGACCAGAUGACCAGGACCACCAGCGUCAUCAGUGUUCCUCUGGCCAAUAGCGACUCCAACACCAGCUGUGUGACUGCGCUCAGCUCCUGCACCACCCAGCACGCCUCCCGCAAACACCUCUUCACACUCACUGGGCUGUAUGAUGGCAGAUCUGUGGCGAUCAAGAGGAUCCACACCAAAACCUUCUCCCUCUCCAAGUCCAUCAGGCAAGAGGUCAAACAAGUCAGGGAGCUGGACCAUCCUAACUUGUGUAAAUUCUACGGAGGCUGUGUGGAGGUUCCCAACGUUGCCAUAGUAACAGAGUACUGCCCCAAAGGCAGUCUGAAUGACGUGCUGCUAAAUGAGGAGAUACCCCUGAACUGGGGCUUCAGGUUCUCCUUUGCUACAGAUAUCGCCCGGGGCGUGGCCUACCUGCACCAGCACAAGGUGUGUCACGGGCACCUCAAGUCCCUCAACUGUGUCCUCGACGACCGCUGGGUCUGCAAGAUCACAGACUACGGGCUGUCCACCUAUCGGAGAGAGGACCUGGCUGAGCCCCUGACGACCUAUCAGAAGAGACUACAGGAGGUGUACAUGCCCCCUGAGUGUCACAACUGCAACCUGGAGCCCACCCUGGCUGGAGAUGUGUUCAGUUAUUCCAUAAUCCUGCUGGAGAUCGCUACUCGCAGCGACCCUGUCCCUGUGGAGGAGUCCUCUCUGGAGUGUGCUUGGUGCCCCCCCCUGCCAGAGCUCAUCUCAGGGAAGACAGACAACACCUGUCCCUGCCCUGCCGAGUACGUGGAGCUUAUCAGGCGCUGCCGUUCUCAUAACCCCGCCCACCGGCCGGCAUUUGAGCAGAUCAGGAAGGUCGUCCAGAGGAUCAACCCUCACAAAGUCAGCCCUGUGGACAUGAUGAUGAACCUGAUGGAGAAGUACAGUAAGCACCUGGAGGUACUGGUGGCAGAGAGGACCCAGGACCUGAUGCACGAGAAACAGAAGACAGACCGGCUGCUGUACAGCAUGCUGCCUCGUCAGGUGGCAGAUGACCUGAGGCAGGGGAAACCUUCUCAGGCCCAGAGCUUCGUCAGCGCCACCGUCUUCUUCAGUGACAUCGUGGGGUUCACCCACCUCUCCAGCUCCAGUACUCCCUACCAGGUUGUAGACUUCCUCAACAAGCUCUACACAACCUUCGAUGACAUCAUAGACAACUACGACGUCUACAAGGUGGAAACCAUAGGGGACGCCUACAUGGUGGUGUCAGGUGUACCUAAGGAGAACGGCAUCCAGCAUGCGUCUGAGAUCUGCAGCAUGGCUCUGGAUCUGGUGGCUGUCUGUCGCAGCUUCAGAAUCCCGCACAAACCCAACACCCUGCUGCAGAUACGCGCUGGUAUACACUCAGGGCCGGUUGUGGCUGGUGUGGUCGGCACCAAGAUGCCUCGCUACUGUUUGUUUGGAGACACAGUCAACACAGCCUCCAGGAUGGAGUCCACCAGCGAGGCCCUGAAGAUCCAGUGCAGCUCCGGUACAUUCUACCUGUUGGAGGAGAUAGGAGGCUACGUGCUAAACUGCAGAGGCAUGCUCCAGGUCAAGGGUAAGGGGGAUAUGGUGACCUACUGGCUAGAGGGGAAGCAGGCGUCCGUGUCCUGUAAGGACCCCUACCAGGACCCCUCCAGGGUGUCCAGUAAGAAGCCUGCUGUGGUUCCUGACAGUGACAGAGAGCUGUACUCCUCCAUGCCAGGCUUCCUCAACCACGACCUGCUGCUAGACCCUGCCUGACCCCUGAACUCUAACCCCCUCAUGCUAUACCCUGCCUGACCCCUGAACUCUAACCCCCUCAUGCUAGACCCUGCCUGACCCCUGAACUCUAACCCCCUCAUGCUAGACCCUGCCUGACCCCUGAACUCUAACCCCCUCAUGCUAGACCCUGCCUGACCCCUGAACUCUAACCCUUCAUGCUCCUCCAUGCCAGGCUUCCUCAACCACGACCUGCUGCUAGACCCUGCCUGACCCCUGAACUCUAACCCCCUCAUGCUAUACCCUGCCUGACCCCUGAACUCUAACCCUUCAUGCUAUACCCUGCCUGACCCCUGAACUCUAACCCCCUCAUGCUAGACCCUGCCUGACCCCUGAACUCUAACCCCCUCAUGCUAGACCCUGCCUGACCCCUGAACUCUAACCCCCUCAUGCUAGACCCUGCCUGACCCCUGAACUCUAGCCCCCUCAUGCUAGACCCUGCCUGACCCCUGAACUUUAACCCUUCAUGCUAUACCCUGCCUGACCCCUGAACUCUAACCCUUCAUGCUAUACCCUGCCUGACCCCUGAACUCUAACCCUUCAUGCUAUACCCUGCCUGACCCCUGAACUCUAACCCCCUUCAUGCUGGAACUUCCUGUAUCUAUAGUAGUUCCCAAGCUAAAAGGUUGUAAUACAUCUAAGUUAGAUGUAAGUCUUUUUUCACUUGGGUCAUUUCAAAUGUUUGUUUGCGAACUGACUAGUGCUAAGUCCUUCUGGUUAAAACCAGGAGCCCUCUCUUUCUGUUCUCAUAGUGGUCCUCCACUGUUGUGAAGCUCUCUCUCCCCUCUCUCUCUCCCCCUGCUCGUGUUGUCCUCACCAGGUUAGGGUUAGGUCCUGUGUUGUUCUUCUGUUUGGGUCAUUAAAAGUUCUUAACUCUA